AUGACGCCUUCCCAGUCAAAGAACGCGCAGCCGGCCCGGCCCGAACGCAGACCUGUUAACACAUCCAAGCUUUACCUUUCUUUCGAUGUGCCAUCAAAAAUGAUUACUGUCCUAAGGAGAAUUAACGGCGAAAAGGCUAUCGACCAAAUAUUACAUUUGUGGCGCAGCGCCCACGACUUUGGCGUAAGACUGACCGUGUACACAGACCUGCAACAUCCACCGAACAUGCCUCCGUUGGACCGACAUCGGGAAGCGAUACUCGUGGACUUGGAGUGUCCCCAUGUGGAGUUCCUCCUGCAUAACGCAUCUAGCUCCCGUGCAUUCAACUACCGAUUCGCGUGGCUUCUCCUCCACAACUCCUCGUACAAUAGAAAUGUCAUAGAAGACACUCUUGAAGACUACCAAAUUCUCCCUGACUCCGACGUCGUGUGGUGUUGCCCUGACACUCUGGUUGACGUCUACCGAGUGAAGGCUAAACACUCCUACUUGCUGACUGAUCUGGGACUAAACCGAAGCGCUUCCAGGCAAGAAUUAGUGGCGUGGUGGAGCGCCCUACCAAAGACGGUGACUAGGAGAAGAGAUCUUAGGAAAAUAAAACUGGUUGGUGCUUCUGUGAUAGGUCAACCCGAGUAUUUCCAUGGCUGGUCAGACGUGAGCACGCGCCAGAUCGAUACCUUCCCCAAGCUGACUUACCCGCUCGUGCUGAACCUCGCUGAUGACUUAAAUUUUUACUUAGGGUUUCGUCAGGUCGACUUAUAUGGAGUACUGCAGCCAAAUGGCUCGUUCAAUGGGCUUGCGGGUCUGCUUCAGCGGAACGAGGUAGAGGUGGGCAGCGUCUCCAUAUUCAUGAGGCAAGACAGAAUGGAAGUGUUACACUUCUUCUCUGAAACACUGGCCCUAACCACUGCCUUCAUAUUCCGCCAGCCAUCUCGGUCAGCUAUGUCCAAUGUGUUUCUGGCGCCGUUUAGCUCGGGUGUGUGGUUAUCGUGCGGGUUGGCGGCGAUGUCGGCUGCAGUGCUGCUGGUGGUACUGAAGAGAGUGAGGGAAGCGACAGAGGGACGCUCUCGUCAACUGCUCGCGCCGCUGACGCUCCCAGACACUUGCACCUUCGCUCUUGGCUCUUUGUGCCAGCAAGGGUUCUACAUAACACCGGCGGUGACGUCAGUGCGCGUGGUGAUGUUCAGCACGCUGUUGUCCUCGUUGUUCGUGUUCACGGCGUACUCGGCCAAGAUCGUGACGCUGCUGCAGACGCCCAGCGAAGCCCUGCGGAACAUUGACGACCUCACCAGGUCGCCGAUGACGCUGGGCGUACAGGAAACCACGUAUAAGAAAGUGUAUUUUCUCGAAGCGUCAGACGCCUCUACACAGCGGCUGUACCAUCGCAAGAUCAUGCCCCAGGGGGAGCGGGCCUACCUCGAUAUUGACGAAGGGAUCGCACGAGUCAGGACGGGGCUAUUCGCUUUUCAGGUGGAACGCAGCUCCGGCUAUGAUGUGAUCAUGAAGACGUUUACGGAGCACGAGAAAUGUUCUUUGGACGAAAUCGAGGCCUUCAAGAUGCCUAUGGUGGCCAUCCCCAUGAUGAGGUUCUCAGGAUAUCGGGAGCUGUUCGCUGUCAGAAUGCGCUGGCAGCGCGAGGCGGGCUUGAUGAAUCGUGAAAGGCGCGUGUGGCUUGCGGCGCGCCCGCGCUGUGAGUCCGCAUCUGGCGGAUUCGUCAGCAUCGGUUUCAUCGACGUGCUGCCAGCUUUGGAGGUGUUGGCAGUGGGUGCGCUGUUGUCGGUAGUGCUGCUGGGAGCCGAGCUGAGCGUCCACACGCUUAAGAAAAAGGCUACCAAAUUGCACAGUCGUCAAGCAGAUAAAAACUGCUUAAACCACUAG